AUGCUAGCAGGGAGAUUAACGCAUAAAACGGGCAUUAUUUAUGGAUGUUUGUUCGGGCCGGGUCGAAUAUCUCUCAUUUUUGCUGGUUCUUCAGUUUCUUGUCGGAAAUUUUCUCAAGUUGUUAUUUCUCUCUCUCUCUCUCUCUUUUUUUUCCGAGAGAAAAUGUGGAGGGACCCGGGAGCUCGUGUUGAUUCUUUUUAUGAGGUCCGGCCUGAAUGCACUGAUGGUCCCAAAACCAAGUUCAGAAUCAAGGCUGGCAAAACAUUAAGUGCUCGGAAAUGGCAAGCUGCUUUCUCUCCAGAAGGUCAUCUUGAUAUAGGCAAAACACUUGGUCGAAUCCAACGUGGGGGGAUCCACCCAUCAAUUAGAGGUGAAGUUUGGGAAUUCUUACUGGGCUGUUAUGAUCCUAAGAGUACUUUCGAUGAACGAGAUAAAAUACGGCAGCAACGAAGAGUUCAGUAUGCUGUGUUAAAAGACGAGUGUCGGAUAAUGUUUCCCUUGAUUGGAAGUGGUAAAUUUAUCACUGCACCUGUAAUUACUGAAGAUGGUGAACCUAUUCAUGAUCCUCUUGUACUUCAAGAGGCAAAUGCAUCUUCUUCUGAGGGAAAUGAUGCUUUCAACGGCUCUAAAAUAGCAAAAGAGCCAAAUACUCAUUGCCCUAUGAGCGAGAAAGAAAUUCAGUGGAAACUUACCUUACAUCAGAUAGGUCUAGACGUGGUCCGAACUGACAGGACGCUUGUGUUUUAUGAGAAGCAAGAAAAUUUGUCAAAACUUUGGGAUAUUCUCUCUAUUUAUGCCUGGUUUGAUAAAGAUGUUGGCUACUGCCAAGGAAUGAGCGAUCUUUGCUCCCCUAUGAUAAUGUUACUUGAAGACGAAGCGGAUGCAUUUUGGUGCUUUGAACGUCUGAUGCGCAGAUUGCGAGGAAAUUUCAGAUGCACCGAGAGAUCUGUAGGAGUGGAGACACAGCUCAGCAAUCUAGCUUCAAUAACACAAGUUAUCAAUCCUAAACUUCAUCAACACUUAGAAACCCUUGGUGGAGGCGAUUAUCUGUUUGCUUUCAGAAUGCUUAUGGUUUUGUUUCGUAGAGAAUUCUCUUUUGGUGAUUCAUUAUACCUUUGGGAGAUGAUGUGGGCCCUGGAGUACGAUCCUGACUUAUUCAUCAUGUAUGAGGACCCUGAAUUAGCCCGUGGGAAAUCUGACGGAUCUAAAGGAAAAGCAAAGUCGAUUCGCCAGUGUGGAAAGUAUGAAAGAGAAAACAUGAAAAGUGGAGGCAAAAGUGCUGAAGCCCCUCUCCCAAUUUCUGUUUUUCUUGUAGCUAGUGUCCUGAAAGACAAGAGUACCAAGUUGUUGACAGAAGCUCGAGGACUAGAUGACGUUGUUAAGAUACUAAAUGACGUUACGGGAGACCUUGAUGCCAAGAAAGCUUGCACUGGUGCCAUGAAACUUCACAAGAAAUAUCUGAAAAAGGCAAAAAAUGCAUAG